AUUGCUAAGCAUAUUGUAAACAACAUUUUAGGCACUUACGUCUCAUUCAAUAAAAACAUUUUAUUCCAUUAAAAUUAUCACUGAGCUUCAAAAUGUCGUUUGAUACUAUUCCGAAGGAUUUGAGAGGACUUAGAGCGUGUUUAGUAUGUUCUUUAAUAAAAACGGUAGAACAAUUCGAAAUAGAUGGAUGUGAUAACUGUGAAUCAUUCUUAAGAAUGAAAAAGAACAAAGAUAGAGUAAUGGACGUAACUAGUAAUAACUUUGAUGGGAUGAUCGCUGUAAUGUCACCAGAAGAUUCAUGGGUUUGCAAAUGGCAACGAAUAAAUCGCUUUACAAAAGGUGUCUAUGCCAUUUCAGUCUCUGGUCGCCUCCCAAACUCAAUCGUAAGAGAAAUGAAGAGUCGUGGUAUCACAUACAGAUCUCGAGACACAAGCCAGCGUUAAACAACACCAUAAAUAUAAGAUUCCUAAAUCUCUACUUUUAAAUGUUCCCAACAUAAAAUUUGAUUUCAAUAAAUUCGUUCUUGUGACAAAAUUUUCAAAGAUUU